CAGGGUACUACACCGGCAACCUGGAGCCACUUCUCGCCAUUCCAAUGGUCAAAGCACCCCUCAUAAUUACUCACAACAGCUAUUCCUAACAAUUUGAAAAAGAUUGACUACAACCAAUAGCCAUAAAAGCCAUAUCCUGUCAGGCUUUGUUCAGCCGUAUAUCCAAGAAGCAAGUCUAUCUAUACAAGUCUAUAUGCCCACAACCAAUUCUCCCUACCUCGAAAACCGAUAUAAGGCGGAGAAUCCCAGCAUAUUUUCCCUCAUCCCUCUCUGUUCUCUUUCACUCUCCCAGCUUCCUGAUCCCUCCCUCUCCCAUCCUGUCCGUUCUCAUAUCAAAUGGCUCGCGGACCCUCCAAUAAAGCUAACAUGGGUACAUUGCCCUUCUAUGGCAGGCCCAAGUGGCACUCAAUUGUCCUGAUGCUGAUGUAUUCUUCCCUUACUGAGAAGAGCACCCAAUGCCGAAUUUGCCUCAAGGUAUAUGCCGACCAGAGUAGUCUCAGCCGCCACUACAAAAUCCACCUCCCAGAAGCCGCAAACACCAAUGCCCCCACUGCCCCGAGCGCUUGUGGCAGAAGCCUAAUCUUAGGGCCCACAUCCUCCACAAACAAUACCAACCGUACCCUCGCUGCAGUGCUGGCAAAACCCCCUACAAAUGCCCCGGCUUUGGCUGCAAGUUCGUUUGUGGCAACCAAAGUCCUCCAACUGAAGCAUCUCCUUCCUGCUGCCAAUGCUGGUUCACAACUCGAAGGCUUCAUCCCCGUCCCAACCUCUCCCCAAGCGGAUCUCCAGACUUGGUUCCCCAAGGAACUCAUGCCACUGUCGGGUCAUUCUCACGGAGUCUGUCCCCCAAUCCUUGCCUUACCUAUGUUCUCUGAACAUAACAAUUCCGAAAACACUGCACUGAACACGGAAGGUCUCGACCUCAACACGAUUGACCAAUGGCUAAAUUCCAUGCGCUCCGAUCUUAGCUUCACAAAUACAAUGCCAUUCGACUCUUCUUUCUAUGCAGCACCAUCCACAUCUCUAGGUGAUUCAUUAGUCUCAUCGACGUCGACAUCCUUUGUCGAGAGCGAACAGCUUUUGCCUCUUGAUUUCAACCAAUUGGCGAUGUUGAAUCUCUCCUUGAAUGAUGCAUCGUCCAUGUCUCCCAGCCAACCAACCCCUGCCACAAUGGAUGUCACCCUCGACUCCUUUUUCGCCGAACUAUUUGAGCAUUCAUUGACUGAGGAUUUCUCCUUCUUGUCCUUAGGCAUGACUGAGCCGCAGCUAAGCCCGUUCGUAUUUGAUAGCUUGUCGCCGCCUUCAUUCCUGGAGCAGUCUUUAUCUAACCUGAACCUCGCGUAG